AUGGAUGAAAACGGAUACCCAACGUAUCGCUGCCUUAAUACAAAACAAUACGAUCGCCUAAAUGGAGGAACUACAGAUAAUCAAUACGUUGUUCCAUACAAUCCUACAUUACUACAGUUAUUUAAUUGUCAUAUUAAUGUAGAAGUAGUUUCAACAUGUGAUAGAAUAUUUGGUAGACCAUUACAGAGUAAAAGUAAUUCUAUUUUCCGAUUACCUGUUCAUUUAAUUAAUCGGCAUACUGUAACCAUUAGUGAAGAAGCAAAUGAUGAUGCUAUAAAUGAAGCUUUACAGAAACGGACUAUGUUAUUAGAAUAUUUCGAUUUAAAUAGGCGUGAUCCACAAGCUAGACAAUAUACAUAUGCAGAAAUUCCAUGUUAUUAUGUUUUUAAGAAAGAACGUGGUGAAAAUGCAUUAAAAUGGGUGAAGCGUAAAGGGUCAUUUAAUGUCAUUGGUCGGAUAUUACUUUUAAUAGUAGUUAAAGGCGCUACAAGUUAUGAUCAUCUGCGAACUGUCAACAAUAUUGUACAUGACAUUUUUCGUAGUGCAUGUUUAGCAUUAGGCCUCAUUGAAGAUGAUGGAGAAUGGGAACGUGCUUUGACAGAAGGAGAAGUAUGGAUGAUGCCCCAACAAUUAAGACGUUUAUUUUUGCAAAAUCAAGCGAACAACGAAAUGUCAUUGCAACAACAUAAAAAGAUUGGUGAAAUGCAAUAUGUGAAACUGAAUUCCAAACAGAAGGAUAUUGUUGAUGAAGUAUUAAAUGUAGUUAUUCAAGAUAAAAGAAUACCAUCUUCUUCAUGUUAUUACAUUGAUGGACCAGAGUAUUUAAAUACUUUAAAUCCAUCAAAUUUCCCGCCUUAUGAAUUACGAUUAAGAGCCAAUUGUAUUGUCAUGCUACUUCGAAAUCUUAGUAUUAAUGAAGGUUUAUGUAAUGGAACGCGAAUGCAGGUAUUAGAACUAUCAAACAAUCUGCUACGUUGUCGUAUUUUAACAGGUGAUAAUCUUGGGAAUCAUUAA